AGAGGGAUGCAGUCGAGAGGAUCGCCACGGGGGAGCGAACGGCUAGGGCUCAGAUCGUUCUGUCUGGAUCGUCGUCCUCUACAAGUACUACGAGCUCGAUUAUUGCGGCUGUAUGCUAUGCUUGGCUGCUGGAGAACAGUGAGAAGAAGAAGGAGAGCACCACGGUUGUGCCGGUGGUGAAUAUGAGGAGAGGGAAGAUGUGGAAGCAUAAGAAGGCUGCUUGGCUCUUUUAUCACUUGGGGAUCGAUGCUUCGGCUUUGCUUUUCGCCGAUGAGGUUGAUUUGGAGGGUCUACUAAUGGCUAAGAAAUUAAGCAUACUGGUCGUAGGGCAAGAUGUUCUGAAAACAAAUGGGGAGGUAGGAUCGCAGUGCACAGUUCUAACUGAUAACUAUUGUGAAGAUGCAUACAGUUUACUCCAGGCUCCGAACUUGAAAAAGCUUCUGCUUGCAGGUAUUCUGUUAGAUACAGAAAACUUAAACAGUGCCGCUAAUCUUUUUACAAAUAGGGACGCAGAAGCAGUCCAGCUACUCUUAGUUGGCUCUUCUCCCAAUUACAGAUAUGAACUCUUCGAGCAGUUGACGCGAGAUCAUAGGAGCAACGUGUUCCUUGAAGCUAUGAGGAGCAAAUAUGGGAAGCCUUCUACUGACGAUAAGGAGGGCAAUAAGGUAUCUCAAGAGUCAAGGCUAUCAACAAGGAAAUCAGCAUCCAUUUCUCCAAGAGAGGCUAAAGUGCCUUCAUCAACCAAACACAGGUCACCACCAGCUGCAGCUCCAGCUUCCGCACCAACGGCUGCCCCAGUGAAGGCACAGGAAACAGUUACUCACGGAAAGAACAAGAACUUUUUUGCGAAAUUCUUCAGUUUUGGUUCCAAAUGAUUGUAUCUGCCUUUUCCUUUUCAACCUUUCCAGUGGUAGAAUUAGAAGUAACAUAUAAGAGCCUGACAGGCUGUAGUAAUAUGUGGUCAUGCAAAUUAUUUUGAAUUCUAGCGAAUAAACGUUAUUGCUUGUAUAUCGUGUGUUAUAGUUGCGAAUUUGCUCUCUGGUUAGCCUAAUCUUUUAGAAAGGUGGUUAACUUUUUCAA